GCUGUGGUGGCUGUCAGCAGCUGUUGGAGCUGCUCUGAGGCGCAUUCAGCUCCGUCAUGAAGCUCAGGCUGCUGCUCGCUCUGCUCUCAGUCUGUGAAUGUGACAGCAAGGUCAAAGGUCACACAGGUCAGGACGUCACUCUGCCCUGUAAAUAUGACAGGAAAUAUCACGCCGCUCUGUCAGCGUGCUGGCAGCGAGGAGAAAUACCAACCAGAGGCUGCUCCAAUCCGCUGAUCUCCACAGUUGGACUCAGAGUGUCAACCAGAGCUUCCAGCAGGUAUGAGCUGCUGGGCCGACUGGAGGACGGAGACGUGUCUCUGACCAUCAUGAACCUGACAGAGGGAGACGCUGGACGAUACGGCUGCAGGGUGCAUAUACCCGGCUGGUUCAACGAUGAGAAGCAUCACUUUGACCUGACCGUUGUUGAUGACCUGAGCAUCGCCACAGACGCUCCCACGGCCCGCACGACAGACACGCCCACAGAGUCGACGUCGUCCUCUCCGACUGAAGGUCAUGUGACCUCCACAGAAAGCCCCCUGACGGCCUCCUCCGGGGUGAAGCGCAGCCACGAGGGUUCGCAGACGAUGGCGCCUCUGAUCGCCGUCCUGCUGGUCUUCGUGUUUCUGCUCACGCUCGGUGGACUCGUCGUCGCCGUGAGAAGACUGAAGCAGCUCGUCAGCACCCCUCAGGAGAAGGUCGGCCCGGGUCAGCAGGUCCAGUUCAGCUCCACGGCGUCCACUCUGCAGCUGCAGAGCUCCACCGUGGACAACAUCUACCAGAUGGAGAGCGACGGUGAUGGCGGCGAUGGCGGCGAUGGUGGCAGUAGCGAUGGUGGCAGUAGCGAUGGCGGCGGCUGUGAUGGAGGUAGAGGAGAAGAUGGGGGAGACUAUGAGUACUGCCCCUGAGGUCCCACCCACCCGCCUGGAGGCGGGAUGAUAACAGGAAGCAGGAGCGUAUCUCUGAUUGGACACUUUGCUUUGAAAGGCUCCAAUCACAGAGCUCCGGGUGUGCAGCAGGUGUAGUUGCUGCCUACAGAUGUAGCGAGCUUUUAUUCUGAUAGGUUGUUUUUUCAGAGUUAACCUAUAAGAAUCCACAGUGACACAGGUGACCCCGCCCCUUUAGACACCCACGAAAGUUCCCUGUAAAGUUUUAAAGUUUCGUUUGAUGUCUUGUCAUGUGACAAGCGAGGGACUCGUGACAACACGUCCUGUCUGACACGUGACCUGAAGCCGUCAAACUGAAGACGUUCGUCAGAUUUUUAUUGUGACAAACACACAUAAGGUCAUGUGACGUGCUUGUCACACGGCACCAAUCAUCUGUUUUCUUAUUGAUCAAUAUGUUUCCUGUUGUUGUUUAAACAAUAAAAGCAUGAAAAAUGA